GCUUUAUAAAAGUCUGCAGGGACAAACCGCGAGCGUAGCGAAGGAUUCUACUAAAUAAGGAAGGAGUUGGAUCCCUUUCUGCCUUCUGAGGAGCUUGCUGAAGGGCAGCCAUGCGUCUCUUAGGCUCCACUGUCCUGCUCAGUGUCCUGCUGCAGGCUUUGGGUGACCCGGCAGGGGAUUGGAGCUUGGCCACCUCCAUUUAUGACUUCUCAGCCACCGACAUUGAUGGCAAUUUGGUCUCUCUAGAAAAAUACCGGGGCAACGUGGUCGUCAUCACCAACGUAGCGUCCAAAUGAGGCAAAACGCCCGUAAACUACUCUCAGUUUGCAGAGAUGCACGCCAAGUACGCUGAGAGAGGUUUACGCAUUCUGGCCUUCCCUUCCAACCAGUUUGCCAAUCAGGAGCCAGGCACGAACGCCGAGAUCAAGCAGUUUGCGCAGUCGUACAAUGCCCACUUUGACAUGUUCAGCAAGAUUGACGUCAACGGGCCCAACGCUCACCCGCUGUGGAAGUGGAUGAAGGAGCAGCCCAACGGGAGAGGCUUCUUGGGAAAUGGCAUCAAGUGGAAUUUCACCAAGUUUCUGAUCAACAAAGAGGGUCAGGUGGUGAAACGAUACGGAAUCAUGGAUGAUCCAAGCGUGGUGGAGCAGGAUCUUCCUCAGUAUCUGAAUGCCUAGAUGAACCAUCUCGCCGUUGUCUCGUUUCCUUCCAUACGCCACCUCUCUCUUUCGCUCUGAGUCUCGGUGGAUGUGGGUUCAGUUUGUCCCUGGACCUAUGACAGUCUGUCCGUAAAGCCGCCUGAUGGAAAAGGCAGACUCGAUGCAAUUGGCGUGCAAACCUGCCAGGGUCAAUCAUCGAGCUUUUGUUCUUCUGGACCGGAAAGAAAGGAGGGGAGGUUGGGGGACAUGGGACAACUCGAUGAAAUGUACCAUUGUCUGU